AUGGCUUUGGAGCUUGGGACAAGGGUAGGUUCUAUGGUGGGCAUGGUGUAUCUAGAGGUGGUAUUGGUGGAACUAGAAAUGGAGCUGGUUAGAACUAGUGUAGUUGGAGGUGGUAUUGGAGCUGGAACUGGAUCUAAUGGAGCUGGAGUUGGAGCUGGAAUUGGAAUUGGUGGUGGUGGAAUUGGAACUGAAAACGGAGAUGGUGCUGUUUAUGGAGCUGGUUAUGGAGUUGGUUAUGGAGCUGGUAAUGGAGUUGGUUAUGGAGCUAGUUAUGGAGCUGGAGAAGCUGCUGGUGGUGGAACUCGUGGAACUGGAACUAGUGGAACUGGAACUGGUGGUGGUGGAGCUGGAGCUGGAGCUAGUGGUGGUGGAACUGGAACUGGAGGUGGUGGAGCUGGAGUUGGUGGUGGUGGAGCUGGAACUGGUGGUCGAACUGGAACUGGUAGUGGAACUGGAACUGGUGGUGUUGGAAUUGGAACUGGUGGUGGUGGAGCUGGAACUAGAAUUGGAACUGGAAUUGGAACUAGUGGUGGUUUAGGAGCUAGUUUUGGUUUUGGUCAUGGUGGAGUUAGAGCUAGUUUUGGAGCUGGUUUUGGUUUGGGUCAUGGUGGAACUGAAAUUGGAGCUGGAUCUGGAAGUGGUGGAGUUGGUGGAGUUGGAGGAGCUGGUGGUGGUGGAACUGGAGCUGGUGGAGUUGGAGGAGCUGGUGAUGGUGGAACUGGAACUGGUGGAGUUGGAGCUAAAGGUGAAAAUGGCGAUGGUGAAAAUAGACACCAUUGA